CUGGAGGUGGCAUUGAUGAUCAUGGUCAAUUCAGCUCCUGCCUGCCCCAAUGUCCUGCAGCUCCUGGACUGGUUUGACUAUCCGGGCCACUACGUCAUGAUCCUGGAGCGCCCCGAUCCUUGCCAAGAUCUGCAGAAAUUCUGUGAGGAGAAUGAUGGCUGUCUGGAUGAAAGCCAGACGAAGAAAGUGCUGGUCCAGCUCAUCAACGCUCUCAAACACUGCGAGAGCCGCGGGGUUUUCCACCGGGACGUCAAGCCACAAAACCUGCUAAUUUCCACCGAUUCACAUGAGCUCAAGCUGCUGGAUUUUGGCUGUGGACACCUGCUGAAGGACUCGGAGUACAAAUCGUUUGCAGGCACACUUUCAUACACCCCUCCUGAGUGGUUUCGUUCCCACAGCUAUCGUGCAGGACCAGCUACUGUUUGGUCACUGGGUGUGACUCUCUACAACCUCCUGUGCGGUUCUGUACCUUUCAAAAGCGCACAUAGGAUUCGCAGAUUGCGCUUCCCUAGUCAUCUGUCUGCAGAUUGCCGCCAGUUGAUAAGAUGGUGUCUUAGAACAGCAGCGGACGACCGCCCCAGCUUACAGGACAUUGAGCAGCAUCCCUGGUUACAGUGCACAGGCUGAGCUUGAGUGUAGUGCACUGGAACGGCAGAGACAGCUGGACACCUGCAGUUGAAGACGAG